AGUACUCACUCUUUCGUUUACACUCUCACAAUCUAUUCGAGCAGAUGCACGGUGUCAAACGGGUACAAUAUAGUCAGGCAGCCUUAGAGGCCAAGAAGCAGCGCGAUCACGAUAAACUGAAGGCAUACUUGGCUUUGUCUGACGAUGUCAUUGCAAGGAAGAAAUCUCAUGACAUGAGUAACGAAGCUUUCGAGCUGACCACUCGAUUGCUCCGAAUGAAUCCAGAAUUCUACACUGUCUGGAAUUACAGACGUGACAUGUUUAUUGAGUCUCUGUUUCCACAGAGAUCGCCGUCAGAGGUCAAUGAAUUGCUAUCGGACGACCUUAGUCUGACGUUCGAGCUAUUGAAGCAACACCCCAAAGUCUACGGGAUAUGGAACCAUCGUCGUUGGUGCCUCGAACAUAUCCCAGAUGGACCCUCUCCGGACGACGUAAACGGCUAUAGGAACUCAACCUGGAACAAGGAGCUCUUCGUGGUAGAGAAGAUGCUGGAUGCCGAUGCACGAAACUUCCAUGCUUGGAAUUAUAGACGAUACAUUUUGGCAACCAUGCCCUUCCCUCCGCCGCCGAAAUCUGAACUUGCAUAUACCACGCGCAAGAUCGAGGCCAACUUUUCCAAUUUUAGCGCGUGGCAUCAGCGUUCGAAAGUGCUGACUACGUUAUGGGAAACUGGAGAACUUGAUCGAGUGAAGUCUAUAGAAGAAGAGUUCGAACUGGUCCGAAAUGCGAUGUAUACUGACCCAGAUGAUCAGAGUGUGUGGAUAUAUCACGCAUGGCUCAUUGGCAAUGGUAACUAUGCAGCGCGGUUGCAGUUCGAGAUUACGUCCAUUCAAGAGCUCCUUGAUGAGCAACCCGAUAGCAAAUGGUGCAUGGAGUCUCUAGUCCGCUACAAGCGACUGCUGAUCGAGAAGCAUGCGGAGAAUCUAGGGGAUAAGAAAGCACUGGUUGACAGUUGCUUGGAGCUGCUAGCAAAGCUACGCGAUAUCGAUCCGCCAAGACGGCGUAGAUACGAUGAGAUAGCUGAAGGGAUUCGAAGUGGUAACGAGAUGCAAUAGGAACGUGUACUUAUUUUAGGUUCGGGCAACACGGAUACUUAGCUUCCGCUGCAUAAGGGUCUUCAAGAGAGAGCGCUAAGACUCAGGAAGCAACGCGAACAUCGCACAACGGGCCAAAAAUAAAGACUACUGCAUUGG